AGGGGUUUUAUUUGUUAGACGCCUUGACAUUGUUGCUGUCUAUUUUGAGCUGUUUGAAGGCAAUUACCAGCGUCGGCUACAAGUGAGUUCUUCACUGUAAGGUUUGCUGCGUGUAACGCCUGAGUGAAUAUUCCAAACGCCUCAUUGAUUUUCGGAAGUGGUCAGCGAUGGCACAUACCGGGCAUGGCGGAGUGAACCAACUUGGAGGAGUGUUUGUUAAUGGCAGACCUUUGCCUGAAGUUGUGCGGAGAAGGAUUGUAGAGUUAGCUCAAAGUGGAGUAAGACCAUGUGAUAUAUCACGGCAACUUAGGGUCUCGCAUGGCUGUGUUAGCAAAAUCCUUUGCCGUUAUUACGAGACUGGCUCAAUCAAGCCUGGAGUUAUAGGCGGCAGUAAGCCUAAAGUAGCAACUCCACCAGUCGUGGAAAAAAUCGCCAGUUACAAACGACAAAAUCCGACCAUGUUUGCUUGGGAAAUCCGAGAUCGUUUACUAGCCGAAGGUGUUUGCGUCAACGAAAACGUGCCUAGUGUGAGCUCGAUAAACAGAAUUGUUCGAAAUAAGAUUGCCGAGAAAGGGCCUUCAGUCAAUGGGAAUGAUCAUGGUGCAUUAAAUAGCCCGCUUACGACCAUCAGUGAUCUGAAAGAUAUUAAUAUGAACAACAUUAUUCAACGACCAUCUUAUUCUAUAAGUGGUCUGUUAGCAAUGCCACAACUUACGCAAGUACAGAACCUGCAUAACGGCAAAAGAAAGCACAGCGUCGAAAGUACUGAAAGUACAGGAAGUGGUCAUUCUGACGGUGACGAUGGUGAAGAAAGCAAUCCGAAUAUAGCAUAUAAACACCAGGAUACACCAAGACGUUCAUUUGCUCAAGUACAGCUUGAAGCUCUCGAGAAUGAAUUCAAUAAAACGAAUUAUCAUGACGUAUUCAGUCGAGAUGAACUCGCAAACAGAAUUGAAUACGCUGAGCAAAUUAGAAGCCAGGUUUGGCUUAACAAGGAUCAAACUCCUGGAGCAAAAGAUACCACGGAUAAACCCACUUCGCCACAACUUUGUACAUCAACAAUAAUCCCACCACCACCGUACGUACCCUUUCCUAUGGUUUCCAGUAAUGCUGUAACUCCUGUUGAUGGUGGCUAUGGUCACAAUGGUGUUUAUGUGAAAUCAGAAUUAACGGAGUUGCAUACCGUAGCAGAACCGUCAUUAGUUCCUGGUCUUUCACCUCAGCAGCAACAACAGCAGCAACAAGGAUACGAAAUGGCUGCUAUGCAAACUCAAAUUUUACAAGACGGAUUUGAUGGUUUGUCGAAUAGUUUAUCUGCUAGUCAAAUCAACAACCGUGGUCAACAAAUAAAUGGUUUAUCAAAUUCUAACGGUAAUUCAGUCAUAAAUAUCCAAUCACCGACUGGAUUUGUCCAAGAGAAAUCCCCAACUCCACGUGUGAUCAACAUUAGCAAUGGAAAUAUUGCUCACUCACAAGGCGAUGCUCAUAAUCCAAGAAGUGGUCAAGCAACACCCCUCCCUAGUCCGAGUCCUAACGUUCCCCAGUCUCCUAGUGCAAACCAAUCAUCAUCAAGCAGCAAUUUUAACUUCACCCUACCACCUGUAAGUACGUUCACUAAAGGUCCGGCAGUUCCAGCACAUGGGGAUCUUCCCCCGACCCAAUUCACCUCGGCACCACCAUACACCAACACGUCUGCUAGCUAUCCUCCUGCGCCAGAGCAAUGGCUACCUUAUCCUGGACCACAAGGCUUUAUUGGUCGCCCUAUGUUUCUUAAUUGGUCCCAGGCGUCAACUGUCUCAACACAAUCAAAGUAGAAAAUAGAACAUUUAAUACCUCUGAACUUAUUGAAUAGGUUGACGCGGUAAUACAGCCUGGUAUUUUAGGUUUUUUAUUUUUCCGAUCCCUGAAAGAGUGAGGCGAUUAAUGCGAGAAACGAGUAAAAUGCCACGUCAACCCAUUCAUGAUUCGCUUACGAAAGUCGGAUUUCGACUUUGUCUAAACCGGUAAAACCAGUUUAAAAAGGUGUAAUACGGCUUUUUGUGUGCAAUAGGUGUUCUCGUGACAUUAUUUGGUAAAAAUCAUCUCGUCAUAUAUGAAAAUCCGGAAUAUUACAAUUAGAACCUUGGUUUAAUGAACAGGAGGACAAUGCGUGUUAUUUUUGCAAAUCAUUAUUCAUUAAUACUUUUACGUCCUUCACCACGCCUUGUGUGACAAGUGAAAACCAAGUUCAAGUCAACUAUGUUAACAUCACACAGUUUCACUGUAGUUUGAUGUCAAAGAGAACUUAUAGAAAAUUGCAAAGUGGGCGUGAAAAAAUUCUCUUUCUUUUACACCUCCCGUGAAUGCCAUUUAAUCAGUAACGAUUAGAUGGUACACGGCGCAAACAAUGGUUACAUUGAGCUCAGCACUCAUUCAAACAACAUCUAUUGAAUCUCAAUUUUUAUGCAAACGUUGGUAAAGAUUUGAAUUUCGAGUUAGUCGACUAUGCUAUGCUAUACGAGGCCCAUAUACUACUUUCUUACUGAAAUUCACAUGUCUUAAAGAUGUGGAAUUGUAUUUUUGGAAUAUCAAAACGUUAAAGGGCUGGAUAGAUGGCAACAGUCCGGCUGUAUGUAAUAGUUAAACAAUGUAGGCUAUGUAGUAAAAAGUGUUCGGAUAUGAACAUUGCCUGUAUUCUAAAAACUCACUCAAACUCAUUGUCAUUGAGGGGGGUAUCACAGUCACAUCCUGUGAAUCAUGUCGUUUUUACUCCAUCUAUUUCUAUUCAACUUAAUUCUACGUCACACGCAUUGAGUGCGAGUGACUUUUACAGUACAGGCAAAUUCAUUAGCUAUUAGCCGGAUGGCUGAAUUUUCCAUCCGUAAACCGCCUAUUAGAUUGGUUGUAUAUAUUUGUCUAUGCGUUUAUAUUUUUAAUGAAGAAACAUUUACGAACACUGAACACAUGCACAAUUAUUAUGAAUACUUUUGACAAACAUAUAUUCGCACUAAAUUAUCAACUUUUUUUAUACUCACGCAUGUACUUCAUCAAUUGAUUUAGGAAUGAAAUUAUUUAAUGCAUUUUUGUAGUUACCAUAUUACGAUUGUAGAUAUACGUCAGUGUUACCGCAAAUUUGUGUGAAUAUUCGUCAAUCGGCACAGCCGAUGAUGUCUUAAAUUUAAACUGAAAACUGUGUAUUUAAUAUCUUUUGUAAUCAGCAACACAGAAAAAUUACAGAAUUUCAAACUGAA